CAAAACAUACAAGACUUAAUAUUAGUGUUAAUGACCAGCAUACAGCACUAAGAUGCCUCAGAGGACUGAGACACAUAUCUCUUUAAGCACAAAGCCUUUUAAUGCUCCUAAUGAAUAAAUAUCAUUGAGUCAUUACGGUAAAAAUCGUGUGCUGAGUGCUAGAUAAAUCACAUAACAAUCCUAAAGUUGAUGGCUGUCAAUGAAUGCUGGGUGACGUGCAUGAAAUUACUUUAAAUAAAGCAGCACAUUGAUAGACAAUAACAAUGAUAUAAUGCCAUGGAAAUCCCUAGAUGGAGUUCUCCUUUUAUUGAUGUUGUUGCAUGCAUCGCAAGCUACCACAGUCAAAAUCCUUGUCAGCAGUGUAUGAUAUUAUACGGCACUCAUGAGUAAAACUUGCUAUAAAUAUCGUACAGCAGCACAUUCUUGCAGUUUAGUUGACUAGUUUAGUAGAAGAAACACUGAAACAACAAUGUUUUUUGUGUGUAUUGAGUAGAUUAAAAUGAUUCAGCACACACUAUGAUUUACUAUGCUUUGUUAUCAGUAAAGCAAACAUUUGUCAAGCAGAAACUUUUAUUCUCUCAAAUAUACCUCUCAUGCUGCUCUCUCGCUCUACAAGUGACGGAUUUCUUCACUAAGCAGCUCUGAUCUUAUACAGAUUCAAAUAUUAUUUCCUCUGAAGAUAUAUCUGAACAUUUUGUUCAUGAACCGCAAAGCCAUAUAGAGUCUACUCUUAAUCCAUUGUAAUUUAAUAGACUGCAGAUAUUACGCCAAUAAAUCACAAAUACUGUUAAAGUCAUAAUCAGCCAAUGGUUUCAGGGUCUGGGAGCUUCACCAAAUUGCUUUUAAAUCUCCUGCUGCAGAUGAACUCCGCCCAUUCCCGUUCGCACUGAAGUGGAGCCAGCAUCACAGAUCCUCAACGACAGAUCAACCCAUAUAAAAGACGUACUCUCUUCUUCACCCACAACAGAUGAAAAGAUCUGCCUGAGCCAGCACUCUCUCUGCAAUGGAGCAAAACGAGGAGGCACAGUUCUCUGAUUCUGCGCUCUUGAAUGGAUGAUACUAACAGACUUCUGGCAAUCACCGCUUCCAAAGCUCCUUAAAAGACGGUGCUGAGUCAAUAUCAUCGAAACCACGGCUCAUCGUGAUGGGUUGUCCUAACUCCACCGGCAGUAAUGAGACUUUGCCUACCGAGCACCCUUAUAUUGUGCAGUUUGUUCUAACGCUCCUGGCCGUUAUCCUCAUCCUGAUGAUUGUGUUUGGCAAUGUCAUGGUAGUGAUUGCCGUGACCACAAGCCGAGCCUUGAGAGCACCCCAGAACUUGUUUUUAGUCUCUCUGGCAUGUGCAGACAUCCUUCUUGCCACCCUAGUGAUUCCAUUCUCUUUAGCAAAGGAACUGAUGGGUUGCUGGUACUUCAGUAAAGUGUGGUGUGAAAUCUACCUGGCUUUGGAUGUGCUCUUCUGCACCUCAUCCAUCAUUCACCUGUGCGCCAUCAGCCUGGACAGAUACUGGUCCGUUUCUCAAGCGAUCGAGUACAACCUGAGAAGGACACCGCGCAGGGUUAAAUGCACAAUCCUCAUAGUUUGGGUACUGGCAGCCCUCAUUUCAUUCCCUCCGCUCAUUCUAACAGAGAACAAUGGUGAAAAGUGUGAAGUUAUUGAAGAAGAAUGGUACAUCUAUUUCUCCAGCACUGCCUCUUUCUUUCUACCCUGCGCGGUCAUGAUUUUGGUGUAUGUAAGAAUCUACCUGAUUGCCAAGAAAAGAACCAGAGACCCGCCAGGUCAAAAGCAAAAAGAAUUUGGCAACCUGGAAAGAAAAGAGGGAGAAGUGGGGGAGGUGGAAAGAGGGCAGGGUAGAGAGGCCACUGGGCUCGAUGUGGAGGAAGAGCCAUCCUCGUCUGAUGGGAAUGACACCAUCCUGUGUUCCCGAAUGAAGAAGAGGGGUAUAAGAACAACACAAGUGGCUCAGGUGAAGCCAGAGGUGCAGCCCUGCGUGAGAGUCGGCAGGUGGAAAGAAAGGCAGCGCAGAGAGAGGCGCUUCACAUUUGUUCUGGCUGUGGUCAUGGGAGCGUUUGUUCUCUGCUGGUUCCCCUUUUUCUUCACAUACACACUCACUGCUGUGUUCCGAGACCGCCCUGACUUUGUCCCAAAGACAUUGUUCAAUAUGUUUUUCUGGUUGGGUUACUGCAAUAGCUCACUUAAUCCUGUUAUAUACACUAUAUUUAAUAAUGACUUCAGGAGGUCUUUUAAAAAGAUCCUUUGUAAAAGGGACAGAAGACAGUUGUAAAUAAGAUGUUUAUGAGUGCAUUUCAAAAACAGCAUUUCUGGUCAUCUGCAUUAAGGUUCAUAUCAGUGUAAAUAUUAUGUUAAGAAGACAUUAAAAUAUAUCUACUGAAUGUUUGAAAAAUGUGAAAUGUGUCUUUGUGUUUUAACAGUUUGUGUUCUUCCACAUCAAUAAAUGUUUGUUUUGUAAUAGUAAAUAAUGCAACAGAUGUCUUAUGUGUAGUUUCUUUUAC